GGGAAGCAUCAUCUUAGUUUUAAGAGAGGAUUUAAAGGGAUAGUGAGGUAGGCUGAGGUUAUUUGUUAAACUUUCAAGUAAAUAAUAAUUGGAACAUCAUCUUGUAUACUUUUGUUUUGUGUUAUUGAGUUAAUCUGUGUGCCAGCUUGGUUGCUGUUUAUGCACUUUACAGCCAGCACCCCCACUCCAUUUGAUUUACACUGGGUGCGAAGGAGCAAGUUUGUACUGCGACAGACCAUCUACUUUCAUGUAGAAAAAGAGUUUGAGAGAGACUUCUGCAAGAUGUCCUGGACGCUCACCAUGUAUUUUCUCUUCCUGCUUUGCACUGGAACCUCAGUCUCAAAAGAAAGUAUGGACAGAAAGGAGCUAAUGGUUAUCAUUGCUGAGGAAAUGGAGUCUGCAAAUAUUAUUUGCAAGUUUAACCAUGAGAUCAAGUCACUGUAUUUGAAACGAACUGUUGGAGUGGUCAUGCACGUGCUGUAUGCUGCAGAUCGUGGUAAAAGUAAGAAUGAAGCUUCUGAAUAUAAAUAUCGCACUGAAUACUUUCAGCUGAAUAAUUCCAUGGCAACAAUAAGGCUGCAUAAAUUGAAGAAGAGUGACAGUGAUGUAUAUGUGUGUCAAGGAACUCUUCGAAUAAACAACAAUGAGGAGAGAAAGAAUAGUGACAGCAUCAUAUUGGCAGUGAAAGAGAAGGAAGCUGCCAUAGCAGUGAACGGAUCCUCAGUUAUGAAGGUAACAAAGAGUUCCUCAUCUUCCUGGAUGCUGUAUGUCUUUAUCUUUGAGUCCCUGCUGUUGGUUUUGGCCCUGGGAUAUGUUAUCCUAUCUCGUAUAGAUAUCAAGAAAUACUGCAAAAAAGGAAAGGGAAAGGAAGAACAAAGUCCAGUCUAUGAAGACAUGACUUACAGCCUGAAGUGCAACGCAAUGGCUAAACCAAAUCUGUACAAUAAAGAAUGAAUAAUAACAUCUGAAAUCUGCCAAAAUUCAAAUGCAGUUUCAUAACUGUUUGAAUAUUUGCAAUUCAUUUUGAAAAUCUACAAAAAUGUAUACAUCCUGAGCAGUGGUUUCCAUUGAGCAUGCACUGAUUUUGGAACAUGAAGCCUGAAGUUCAAAAUGUGAGCUCUAAUCUUAAAUUUUUAAAUUGAUAUCAGGCUUUUAUAUUUUUUAUCUUAGAACGAAGAUGGUUUAAACCAUUCCUAUACACGAGGUUCAAUUGCUCAAUUGCCCAUUGCUCCUAGUCAUAUAAUACAUCUGGGCAGUUUUAAAUAGUGUUGCAGCCGUAUAUUUUAGGUAUGUGUUGUUAAUAUAUGAUGAUGCAUUAAUACAGAAUUGAAUUCCUAAUCUAAGAAGGUUGGGAAUAUGAGUCAAAUAUUUAAUCUGGUUUGCAGGUAAUGACAAUUUCUGGGUUGUUUAACCUAGGAAUUUUUGGGCCUGAGUGGUAGCUCUGGGUAAACUCUGGGUUCUUUAACUCCUUAACAACCCAGAGUUCUGACUUGAAAGUGGAACUGACAAACAUGCAGGAACAAGGGCGCUGACUCAUUGCCACUCAACCCCGACAAUUCCUAGGCUAAACAACCCAGGAUUUGUUCUUAUAUGCAAACUGGGUCUUAAAGUAGUUUUAAACAUCCUGACCAAUCCCACAAUCCCUUUUGUAGAAAUUGAAAUUGAAGGAGGAACAGGGAGAGAGAGACAGAGAGAGAGGGGGAGAGAGAGAAAUGUGUAAAAAAAUCCAUAUGUUAGAAUUUUGCAUAGAUGUUCCAGCAGCUAUGUGUCGGUGGUUUUUCAAUUCCUACAAAAUAAUUUCUCAUUGCUUAGUGUAUAUUCCAGAUCCAGAACCAAAGUGAGAUUCGGAUGUCCAAAUUAUUCAGACAUCCUAAAGGCUAGAUAGAUGAUGAGGCUGGGAGUCCGGCUGGGCCAAGUGCCCCCCGCCUGCUCGCUUACGUCUGCUGAGUUACAUGAACUCCCUGCACCUUACAUGUACCCAUCAUGAGCACCUCUAACAUUGCAUACAUGGCUGCUUUAGGGCCACCAUGUCUGGAGGAUUUUACGCAAACAUACAAGUUGCCCUGUUUAAAAAUGCACAGAUGGUCCAGGUAAGGAUCAAGGGGUUUCUCACAACUUAGCAGGCCCGUCGCUAGGGAGAUGUGAGCGAGUGGUAGUUCAGAUCAGGUUGAAGUGUUCAGAAAUGCUUCUGGGCCAAUCUGACCUGCUUCAGGCUGGUUUGGCCUGCAUCCCUACCCACUCCGGAUCCAGACCAAUUUGGUCCGGAUUGCCUCACUUUGGCUUGGAAUUUGGAUCCAAAGGUGAUGCGAUGCACAGCCUUACUUAACACCACCUUUUAUAAACAAAAUAAUAAUAAUAAUUCGCCUAUUUCUUGUAAAUGUAAAGACAAAUUUUUCAUUUGUGGUGGAAAUUUUCCUUUGCUCAAAAUUUUGGAGAAGAACAAGACUUAUUAUAGGAAGCCUUAUUUUAGCUUAUGAAAUAUGCACAUUUUUUUGCAAGCAAUGUUCCUAAUAUCCUGACAUCUUUGAAUGUUAUUUUUCCUAACAUUUUUUUUAUAGAUUUUAUAAAUUAGAGAACUGUAUUGCAAAAUUCAGAGUAGUGUGAAUUUCAAUGGUUAACUGAAUUUCAGCUUGCAUAGUGGUUCAAAAAUUAGGUAAGUUUACUUUGCAAUGUAAAGCGAAUGAAUUUCUUCCCCCAUCUCAGUGUCUUAUAUGUUUGCUGCUGCUAGGAUACUGUAUGCAAAGAACUGGCGAUCUACCCCUGCUUUAAAGAAAAGUAGAAAGCUUUUAUGGAUUAUUGUUAAAAGGAUUGAAUGUGUCCUAAUGUGAAGUAUUAUUUUCUUUACAUUCUUAUUGAAACUUUAAAUUAACAAAAUAUGAUAUAAU